AUGACCGAUGUACAAAAUCAAGAGAAGUCCAUUGCCGAUCAAGGCAUUGCUGCUGUUGACAAUGCCGAUUCGAUUGGAAGAGUGAGCGCUGCUCAGAAUAGGACAAUUCUGCUGAAGACAGAUCUGAUUGUACUGCCUUUGAUGACUCUGACGACUACACUCGCUUCCCUGGACAAGAGUAGCAUAGCCUUCGCCGCCGUUUGGGGAUUUAAGACGGACACCAACCUAAAGGGCCAAGAGUAUAGCUGGCUGGGGAGCAUUUUCUACUUUGGACACGGUCUCCUCAGCGGCGUCAUGAGUCAUGCCAUUGGUAAAAUCAAUGGUACCCUCGAAACAUGGAAGUACAUCUUCCUUAUUUAUGGCGCCUUUACCAUGGGCUACGGAAUCCUCGUCUUCUUCUCUCUGCCCGACCGCCCUGAGAAGGCAUGGUUCUUCUCCUCAGAAGAGAAGAAAGCUGCCGUCAUCCGCACUGCUGAGAACCAAACCGAGGCGAAGACGCGCAGGGGGUGGAAGACGGCACAGAUCCUCGAAGCAGUGCGUGACUCGAAGUACUGGUGCAUCGUAGUCUUCUGCAUCGCCCAGUCUAUCGCCAACGCUGGAAUAACAAAUGUGACUUCUUUCAAUCUUCUGUCAAUAGGAAUUUGCUUACCUUUGGCCGACAUCGAAACACAGAGCUUGCUCCCCCUCGCAGGCUUGUACCUGACGGGUUUCUGGCACACGCCAUUCGUCCUGAUGCUGAGUCUUCAGACAUCCAACACCGCAGGUGAAACCAAGAAAAGCUUUUGCUCCGUCUCUGUAGCUGCAUUCUACGCCAUCGGCAACAUCGUCGGUCCACAAUUCUUCCUUGAGAGCCAGAGCCCACACUAUUCUUUGGGCAUCAACGCUAUGAUGUGCUGUUUCGCCAUCAUGGUAGCUACCGGUAUGCUUUACGCGGUCGUGUGCAUCUUCGAGAACCGGAGGCGGGACCGCGUCCACGGCCCACCGAUAGCAGCUCUUGAAGAUCCUCGUCUGAGCACAGAGGCCGAGGAACAGACAGACUUCAGGAAUACAAACUUCAGAUAUGUUUACUAA